CUGGGAUGAUUCCCUGGGGACCAAAAUGAACAUCCCAUCCAGGAGGGCGUAGCAGCUGCUUGGAGGGAGGACCUGGAGAAACUGAGGGACAUGAGACUUCACAGAGACCCUCUGACAGGGGUUUUGUCCUUUGGCUUGGUCUCCUUAGUUAAGUGACAGUCUACGUGCCUGGCCUCGAGGGAUGGCCAGCCUGAGGCCCAGCCGACCCACCUGCAUCAGGGCAGCGUUCAGUGCAGCUGGCUUUCGCAAGUGGCAGAGACACUCGCGCCAUCGUCUUCAGAUCAACUCCAGAAGGAACCUCAUGGACUUUGCUGAAGGCAUCUGGAGAGAGUUUUUAGAUCCUUAUGAUGGAGACUCGGAGGAUACCCCAGGUCAUUCCAACUACCGAAGCUGCCGCCAGCGUGCCUACCGCCUCCUGGGUGACAGGAGCCGCAACUCGCCUUCCUACACACUGAGGUUCAAGACUGCUGAGGAGACCAUCUCGGAGGACUCGGUCCCAAAAGCUCCAGACCUCACCAUGAGAGCCUCUGGCUGGACCCCCAUAACCCUGGAAGCCAGCGAUGUCGACAUGCAGCCUGAGGGUGAACUAAAGGCACUCGGCCCCCGAGAGGCCAACGGACAUCCUGGCAGGCUGUCCCCAUCACCAGAGGACUGGAGGAUGACAAGGGCUGCCAGCCCCCUCAUCCCUGUGGAGAGCCCAGAGAUAAGCAGACACCUGCUGAGCAGAGCCAGAGCCACCAGGCCCCCACCCAGGCUUGGGAGUGAGAGAGAUAAGGGGUCCAGGCUGUCGAUUUCCAAGAGAAAACUGGAGCUCCUACUUGGAGAGCCUGAGAUAAUUAAGAGGAAGAAGAAGUAAGGAAGCUGAGCACAAGUCCGGUGCUGCUGCUGAAUCUGGGCCUCCUCUCCAAGUCAUGGCCUCCCCAUGGCGGCAGGACAAGGUUCCCAAGUGCAAAUAAAAAUGGCACCACAAGGAGGUGCCCAUUCUUGGC